UCCGGUUUGAAGAAGGAGGAGAACAGCAAACAAAAAGUGCGUCACAGGAGAACCGCGGAAGACAUUGAAAGAAACGACAUUGUUGGAGGCGUUUGUGAAAAACAAACUGUGUAAAGAUGGUGAAAAUUGCCUUCAACUCUGCGCUGGCACACAAAGGCAUUGCAAAAGAUGGCGAGGUGCUGGUUGCUGAAAAGGAUCCAGAAACUGCAUCAGUGUACACCAAUGAGGACUCCACUGGGAGAUGCUUGUUGACCCUGCUUGGGCUUGCGUUUAUCUUAACUGGACUUAUUGUUGGUGGUGCCUGCAUCUACAGGUACUUCAUUCCCAAGCAUAAGUUGUACCAUGGAGGAAUGCACUUCACUGAAAUGGACAGCAAUAUUUUGCCAGAACCUAUGGAAACCAGGGAGCCCUAUUACCUGCCCAGGAUUGAAGAGGAUCUCGAGAUCAGGGACAACAUGGCCAUUAUCAACGUUCCUGUUCCAGAGUUUGCUGAAACAGACCCAGCAGCCAUUCUCCACGAUUUUGAUCGGAAACUGACUGCCUAUCUAGAUCUGCAGCUGGACACUUGCUACGUGAUUCCAUUGAACACCUCUGUCGUUAUGCCUCCUCGGGAUUUGUUGGACCUCUUUCUACAAUUAAUGACUGCUUCCUACAACACAUACUUGAUUCAUGAGGACCUGGUAGUGACCGAACGAGUUGAUGAUGUUUCAGAACUGGGAUUCUAUAUCUAUGAACUCUGUGAGGGCAAGGGCACCUACAGAAUGCAGCGCAGGAGUGACAUCAUAGGUAUCCAGAAGCGCUCACUCGGAAAUUGUUUCAAGAUCAGACAUUUCGAGAACAAGUUUGUUACUGAAACCAAGAUCUGCAGAGCCUGAGUGAAGCAGACCAGAGGAAAGAAGGUUCCGUCAGCUUAGUGGGAGGGGAAUGUGGGUGGAAUGAAACCGGGGGGAGGGGGCCGGGGGGGUCUGGGCUUUCUGGCAAAAUCUUAAUUAAGCUGAAAAGCAGUCAUUUUUGUGCAUAUAGGUAACCUAAGUUCUUCAACCCUGCUACUUAUCCAUCCACUGAUAACACUAUGUAACA